AUGACGUUUGGUGCCUCUGAUGGAGGGGAUUGCCAUACAGUCACCUCAACCCGAAGUGGAGAGGCUGCCAUGAUUUGCUCCAUUGCGUCAUACCCUUACCCCGACCUUACCCUUGUCAUCCUCGUCAUCCUCGCAUUCCCUUUCACUCUCUACCUGUCGCUUCAGCAGAGCCAGUACAUCUGGCUGGAUCCUUUCACUGACGAAGCAUACCCAUGCUCUGUUCCACCACCUGACUGA